GCCACAUGAUCGUUUCUCGCCAUUUUGUGUGUGCUGUGUGUGGAGUAAUGGUAGAAAGCUGCCAGUAGAUCGGCUAAUUUGAGUGAAGCAAAAUCAUCAGCUGUCUGACAAUUUCAAGCUGUUUUAAAGGAUUCUGUUGAUUCCAGGAUGUUAACUUAGACAUGGAGAAAUUGGGAGACAUUAUCUGGGAUUCAUGCUGGAUUUUUGAGGCGUUAGUGGUAAGGUGAAAUACGAAUUUAAUAGGUAAAACAGUGAUCGACCGCAGACGCUUGUUUCACCGGCCGAUAGAUAGGCGUGUGUUGUGUGCAUGCACUGUAGCAAGUCUAUUAGAAGUAGGAGUGUUGCUGUGCGUAGAGCGCAAUGGCGAAUCCAGAAGUAGGUGGUGUUAAUAGAACUAUAGAAGACGGCAGUGCAGUCGUAAAUUCUGGGUCAGGAGCUAAUAAACAAGAUCCAGACCCUACAUCAGACACAGAACAAUAUGUUGGUGUGGAUAUGGCAAACCAGAGAGCAGGAAGUAAAAAGAAAGCCUGUUUUCAAAUUACGAGUGUGAGCAAGCGAAAUGCUGCUGAACAUGACCAAGAUGGAAACAUGGAUGACCCAGAUAGUAAUGAUGAACUAGACGAGAGUCGUGCAGAUGAAUUCUCAUCGUCAGAACUUGUAGAUUCUUUCAAUAUAUCCAGAAAUAGUAUACAGGAUUUAGACCCAUCGGUUGACGAUGUCGUUAACACUAACAUUAACAGUGCUACUACCGUGCCCGCAUCAGCGAGCACUGAGGAACAGUUGUCCAAUUCAAAUAAUGUCACAUCUAAUGCAAACCAGGCCAACGGUAAUGGUCCCCAUCGGUUCAAAGUGGUUAAGGUAGCUACUGAACCGAUUAGGAAAGGGAGAUGGACGUGCAGGGACUUUCCAAGUGAAACGGCCAAAAGUCAAACAACUCCUGAAGGCCUACGAAAUCAAGACUCGAGUAAAGAAACAGUAGUGCAUUCGGGCAAUUCAAGUGCUGCAAGUUCUGUUCAUUAUAUCCAUGGCCAAGACAAUUCCGAGAAUCCCCUCUCGCAAGUUGACGAGAGCGGAAAGCCUGCCGAAUUGGGUAGGAAAGUCAGCACUAAUAGUUUAAAAGACACGAGUGAUGCUUGUAUAGAUGACCAAAAGGAUGAUAGACUUGGUUUAGAUCAAUUGAAGGAUGGAUUACUGGAACAUACAUCAGAAUCUACAGAAGGAGAUGAUGGGUAAGGAAAAACUAAGAAUAAUUCUAACCUCAAAAACUUUAACAAAUCAAAUCAAUCACAGUAAUAAAAAUAACUUUGAAUUUCUGUUCAAUACUUCAUGUCUGUAUGAAUUUCAAAAAGUUGUCACUUCCAGGCAUCACACAGAGUUUUUGAAGGUGAGCAAAAUUGUUUACUCUACAAGCUCUCUAUAAAGGGAGAGAGAUAAAAAGUUUGUUGUAAAAAAAAAAAACCAACAGAAAAAUUAUUAAAAACAUUGGUUAAGGUUUGAGGAAAACCCAUCGAAGAUUAUAUUAAAGUUAUUUAGAAUUAAGUUUUCGAUUUGUGACGCCAUUUACGAGCAGCUGCCUUGUACAUGAAUUACAAUUUCUUCAUGAUGUCUCAAAAAAAUGCUUUCUGGGGCAGAUGUUAAAUGAUUUGUCUGUUGUAUGUACUUAGGUACAAUAAAAACCAUUUUCAGUUUUUGAGAAAAUGUAAUUUCCUUAAUAUCUCUUUAAAAAAUUCACAAUACAUGGUAAGCUACUCGCAUGUGAAGUCAUAAAUCAAAAUAUUAAAAUUAUAAUAACUUUUUAAAUCUUUGAUGGAUUUUUCACAAACUUAUCAAUAUUUUUAAUUAUUUUUUCUGCUUUUUUACAAUAAACUGUUUGUCGGGGUGAACUUCCCAUUUAAUUAUUUUUUAAACUUACACUCUAUAUACUCUAUACUAUGCAUUUGCAUGGAGUCCUGUCAAAUAAUAUUUCAUUUUUACUUUCAGAGGACAAUGUAAAUUGAAAUACAUCCCCUCCCCCAGUCUCAACACGUUAUUGUGCCCUACACAAAGAACAUCACUAAGGUGUGUUUUCAGCCCCUCAGCAGUGACAAUGUUUUCCUUUGAAAUAAUAUGGGUGUUUUGAGCUUCAAUGCUAAGGGUACAAAAUUCUGAUAAGGGUACAUGUAUGUUUUUCAAUAAAUGCUUUGCAUGUAUGAUGCAAAUACUAUUUCAUGUAAUGCAGCAUAAGUGUGUGGUGGACAGUGCAUGGGUUGCACAAUAUGUGGUGAGUGACACCCCCCCGGAAAAAAAAAGACAUGAAUUAUGCCCCCCCCCCCCAGGAAAAAAAUUGAUUUCCUAUUUUUUGACGUAUAUUCUGCAGAUUGUUUUAGUUUUAUGACAAUGAUUUUUUUUGUAUACAUGUAUAUAUUCCAGGGUGCUACAUAACUUUUAGAAGCACUUGCCCUGUCGGGCAAGUAAAUUUUUAAAUAGUUGGAAUAUACUUGCCCGAAAAUCUAUUUUGCUUCCCUGAAAAAAAUCCUUGAAAACAAAAUUUUACCUCUUCAAAAGAAAAUAUUUUGGUUUUAUAAACCAUUGACCUUCUUUUCUCUUUUUGGUCAGGAACUGAUGUACCUUGUUCGUGAAUUUCUUUUUCCGUACGGUAGUGAUUUUAUCUUGCCCGCCAUGACUAAAUUUAGGGUCGAUAUAUCAUAUCGACCUUAAGUUUGGUAAUUCUACUGUGAGAAUUUUGCUUGCCCAAUUUGGGAAAGUAGUUUUGACUUUCCUUAAAAACACUUGCCCAACUUGAACUUUUACAUGCCCCGGGCAAUCGGGCAAGUGCUUAAUGUAUGUAGCACCCUGUAUAUUCAGUUGUGAAGUAUUUCAAAUCUUUUACACUGACUAAGUAUUUUUUCUAGUUUCUUUGGUAUGUUUGUGUAAUCAUGUACAGUCUCUAUAUUUCAGUAUUGAAGUGCUUUCUUUAUACCAUAUUCUUGUGAAUAUUGUGACAUCAACAUGUGUUUCUUUAAAGUUGUAGAUCAUCAGCAUCAGACAAACAUUUAAUAGAGAUAGCAGAAAGGGAUUUGUGGUGAUAAUUUGAAGAGAUAAACAGUUGGUACAGUAGAGGGUGUGUGUGUGUGUUCUUCCAAAAUAGAACAUGUCUACUCUGUUUCUUCCUUUUUAUUGUGAUGUGAGGAAAUAGCUGUGAUAGCGUUACCCUGGAGCGGAAGUAAAGGACGUUUUCAUUCAGACGUUUUUUGUUCUAUCUAGUCUCCUCUCCAAGUUGUGUCAUUGGAAAUUUAUGGUGAAGAUUUUGUGGCUACAAUGUAGAAAUUUCCAUUGAUGGAUAGGAUGCUACCUUUGCGAAUAUGGCAGUGGAAAAAGUAUUUUUUUUAAUCGUAUCUCGUGGUGGGUGGAGAGUGAAUCAGCAUCCAGCCUGGCAUUGGUCUUUUUAUUUGUGAAUUAUUUUUCAUGUGUGAAUUGUGUUUGCAUAAAGUCAAAACCAGUGUGUGAUAAUAAAACACCUUGUAUUCAACUUAAACAGAUCAAAUUCAUCUUUUUAAAGAAAAUCUUUAUUUUUGUCAUAUUAGCAUACAUCAGGCAAGAAAUUGAUUAUUAAGUAACAAUCAGACAUUUCUGUAUGAAGUUAAGGGUGGGAUAGUACUCAUAGUAGGCAAUGUUAGAAUGUUUUGGUCAGGCAAAAAUUAUUAUAAUUUUUUUUUCUUAUUUUGGGGGCUAUGUUUUACUACUUCCUGCCUAAACCUGCAACAUUGGAUAAGCUUUAACAUUGCAAUGAAUGGGCAUUUCCAGAGCUCUUUGAGGGCUGGGGGCCACAUUGCCCCCAGCCCCCAUGUAACUUUAUCCCUGUUGAAGUAAUUAUUACAUUUUCUCUUGUCAUGUUUUAAGUUUAGUGUCCUUCCCUUCAUUAAGAUUAUGUAAGAUGUGUCUCAAAAGAAAAUUAAGAAUGAAGGUGGUCAGAAGAAGUAAAAGGUGAGAAGUGCUGUUGUAGAAAAGGCUGUCACCAAUAUUGAGAUGUCAUAUGUACAUGUAGGUCAUUGGGUGACAAGUUAAUACUGUUGCAGAAUGAGUGAGAGUAUGCAUAUGAGUGUGUGUAAAGUCAAUAUUAGACUGUACAUUUCAAUAUUAGGGCAUAUUUUCAACAGCAAAAAUUUUAAAAAAAUACCAAAAAGAGGCCCCCAAUGUAUUUAAGGCAAAUGAGAGGAACAUUAAUUGAGCCAAAUCAUAAUCAUCAGGGGUCUUUCAGGGCAUCAAUGGCUAUGGCCUUGGAUUAGUCUGUUCUACAGUACAUUUAACUCUCUGUCUUUCGAACAGAGGGUCGUGGCUGUGGGUUAAAAUCCCACCCAUGGCAUACACUGACGAUCUCUACCCAGGUGAGAUGAAUGAAUACAUGUACAUAGUAUACCACAUGUACAUCACCUGGUAAUUAUAGAAUUACUUCUUUAAACUUUAUAUAAGGAGAGUGAAAAUCUGGAGCAAGUUAACAUGUG